CUAGUGCUACAAGCUUCCGUGCAACCAUGUCCCGACUUGCUUUCGCCUUCUUUUGUCUUCAAGCACUCUUAAUUCAAAAUGUCUACAGUCAAUGUAUAGGUGCUGGAUAUGGCCAUGGUUAUGGAGGAAUAGCCCCUGGAUACGGUCCAGCUGUAGCUGGCUUCGCUCCUGGAUACGCUGGUCCACAUGGUUUCGGAGGCCCUGAACUUUACGCACCAGUAGCUGAUGUUGUUGCAUCGUAUGGGGGUGCUGGUAUUGGUGAUGUCGCUGUUGCUGGUGAAAUGCCAGUUGCUGGCACUACCCUCGUUGCGGGACAAGUGCCUAUCCUUGGUAUCGUUCACUUUGCUGGCGAGCUGCCAGCUGCUGGAAUCGUCAGUGUAGCUGGAAACUGCGGCUGUGGUUGUGGAAACGGAGCAUAUAUUUAUUAA